AUGGACCUAGCGGAGGCUACGGCCAUUAGAUUAAAUGCGCAGUAUCUCCUGGUAAGUGAACCUAAUAAAAACGCCGUUAAAGGUAGAAAAUGGCAUAGAGACAACAGGUCUGAUGCAGCGAUCGGCUACGUCGGACGCACGACGGGUAUAACAGCUAGUGGAGCAGGAGACGGCUUUGUCUGGGCGCGAAUCCAGAACACAAUCAUAUAUAGUUGUUAUGUGUCCCCAAAUGUAACUAUAGGAGAAUAUGAGGAGUAUAUGAACAAACUAGCUGUGGACGUGAUAAAUAAAGGCAGGAGUAUGGUCAUUUUAGCAGGUGACUUUAAUGCUAAGUCCCCUAUGUGGGGCGAGACUUAUGAAGACGCCAGGGGGAAGAUUUUUGCAGAGCUAUUGUCCUCUCUACGUAUGACGGCGCUAAACCAAGACAGAAUUUUCACCUUCGAAAGAGGGAGAUCCGGGUCCAUAAUAGACGUAACGGUGGUUACGGAAAAUGAAUUGGGCAAAAUUAGUAGAUGGUCGCAGGAGUCCUGGGUGUUUGGUCCGAUAAAUGAACAACGGUUAAGAGGAGAGCUGAGGAGGCUCGUGGAUAGACAAGUUGAUAACACACCCGACAGCUUAUCGGAUAUUAUGGAGAAGGCAUAUCGUGAUACCACACCAAAGAUUAGAACGCAAAAUGGACUGGCGCCAUAUUGGUGGACCGACCAAAUAGCGAUCCUUCGCAGCGAGACGAUUAGACGACGCAGAAGAGUUACCAGGCUGCGAACUCGAGAAGAUGACGUAGAGCUGGCAACAGCUCUAGAGGAGUACAAGGUAAAAAAAAGAGAGCUUACGUACAGCAUCCGGGACGUUUUCGGGGAUGGGUACAAGAUAGUUAUGAAGACCAUGAGGGCUCCAUACCCCCCGUUAAAGUUGACGAAGGAGGAAAAAAGGAAUCAAAUAAGUAAAUUAUUCCCUAUGGCUCCAGCUAGAGUGUGGCAUAAGGAAAGGCCUCAGGAAAUCCCGUUGGUAGAGAUGGAGGAACUGAGGAAAGCCGCAGGAAAAUUGAAAAAUAGGAAGGCGCCGGGGCCGGACGGUGUACCUGCGGAGGCAGUAAAGGUUGCCGUAGGCGGUGCAAUUGAGGAUUUCAUAUUGGGUGUACUAAAUGAUCUUUUAACACACGGCAAGCUAUACGAACAGGUGAUAAAUGUAAGGCUACAGGAGGAUAUAGAGUCUAAGGGGGGUUUUUCACCAAGACAAUAUGGUUUUCGGAAAGGGAGAUCCACCAUUGAUGCGGUGAAGCAGGUUCUAGAAACCUCGUGGAGAGCUCAUCGACAGACUCCUUCGGAAUGGUGUGCCGUAAUCACGGUUCCAUUCUAG